AUGACUGAUAUUAAUUAUCAAGAAGAAUAUCGCCAAUAUCGAUUUGAGACAAAACAAUGCGAUAAAUUUACAGGUGCAAAUGAAAGAACGGGUGGUGGACGUCGAACACGGACAUUAACAUUUCGUACUUGUCUAUCAUUUUCUUCACAACCAAAUCCACCGCGUUUAUCGAAUAUUCGAUAUGAUCUACAAUUUAUUGAAUCUCCACCGCAAUUUUUUUUCAUCAUUAUUAAUUUCGUAUUGAGUUCGAAUAGUAAUGAUCUUUAUCCAAGUUAUAAUUUAACAGUUAAUCCAAUCAAAGCCUUGGAAUGGUCAGAAAAUAGUGUACUUGCUUAUGUAACAACUGUUCGACUAUUUGAUUAUGAUCAUCAUAUAUUUCAAUAUCGCCGUUAUCCAUGUCAAUAUUUUUAUACUGAUGAAAUUCAAUUAUUUAAUAGUAAUGAGUCGUUUAGUCAAUGUUCUUAUAAUACAACAACAAAUAAUUAUGAAUAUAGUUUUCAACUUCAUCUUGAUUCUCGUCAUGUCGAACCAUAUAUUUUUAAAAAUAUUGCUAUUCAAUGUACUUAUAUUAAGCGCAGUCUCUCAUUGUUAAAUAUAACAAAUAUAUAUGUUGGCUGGAAUUUAAAAGGUCGAGAAAAUAAUUCUGAUUGUUCAUUUGAUAUUAAUACACCACACAAUAUUCUUCAAACACCAUACACUAUAUCAGAAUUGAUUACGCUUCAAUGUAAAUCAUUGUUAGCUUGUAAUCAUUCAAAAUUAAAUUUAGAGCAAUUUCUUUCAACAUAUGUGCAAAUAGUAUAUGGUUCAUCACUUGAUCUUCAAAUACCAUAUUGUUCAUUAGAAAAAAGUCUUAGUCAUGUUAUUGAUACAAAUUUUGCACAAACGAAUGGCUUUUUACAACAGCUCAUUGCACUUAUGAAACAAAAUUCUGUCGCAAAACGUGAAGAUGAACAAGUAAAAAUCAAAGACUCUUAA